AUGUCGCCCAACGCGUCGUGGGUUUUGCGUACCACAAAUUAAAAGGCAGUUGCAGUAGUUGUAUUACAGAAAGUACCAAUGGAUUUAUCCAAAUCAAAACAUUUGUGAGCGUUUCCUAAAGAUGGAUAGGAAAGGCAAUGUAAGGCGCGCAACUUCAGCUGGAUACCGCUUAGUGGAGCGACCUAGUGUUGCCUUAACAUCACAGUCAUCUGUGUCUAUAUACAGACACCAACCGGAUAGGACACGAAACACCGGAGGCGUUGAGACACCGGCACAAGACUCUGACACUCGAGACCCAGUCAAACAGGAUCAAAUAUGGCGAGAAUAUGUGCGCGCGGAGAGGAUGGGGGUGAAAGAGUGGGAAAAGAACUGGAGCUUUCUCAAGAACUUUGACCAGCUGGGUCGCCCGAGGACACAGUCUACCCUCCCCAACUAUGUGCCUGUGUACUCUGACUGUCUGCCCAACACCACAAACCAAAUGUUUGGGAGUCGCUUGCGCACGGAGCUCGGCAAGGAACUCAUUCGGAUGGACAAAUUGCUAAUACUGACCGGCAGUCAUGGCAAAACGAAGCAGGGUCCAGAAAUGCAGCCCUGCUGAGACUUUUAACUCACACUUGAUGAAGUCAUCGAUGAAGUCCUUGUAUUGAUAUUACGCAUCCUCAAGAUUGCCAGUGUGCACGGAUGUUAGGUGGCUGAAACUGAAAUCACAUGCAUGACAGGUUUUAUGUAGGAAUAGGCUGAACGUUUUAUAUGUUUACUCAAAUUGCUUCAGUGGUGGUUUUCUCUAAAUGAUCUUCGACAGGAUGUAUGUUUUUUCAUUCCAUUAAUUUGUUUUAAAGAGAAACUAUGCAUGUUUGGCAAUUUCUCCGCUAUUUUCUCGUUUUAUGCUUGCAGGUUUCUCUGCAGAGCUUCCCCUACAGCUAUAAUGUGUAUAUUUUACAGCGCUCCUCAAUCGGUCGGUCUGCCUUUUCAUGAGCAUGAUCGCAAGGCUGCGAGACUUUCUGUUCUGUCAGUGAGUGCACCGGCCUGCCAGCCCAAAGUUGCAUGGUUUUCCCGCUCACACAGGUGGAAUCGAAACAGCCACCAUUCAACCCAAAAAAAGACAUAUAACCAUUCCAAUGGCUUCGAAGCUGUUCAGUUCAUGUAAAUUAAGUAAAAAAAACCCCUGCAUAGUUCCCCUUUAAUCCGAUUAGGCUACUCCUUUGCGAUUGUUGGUUGGCUCCUACUAUAGGUGCCCAAAUGGAUAACAGCAUAUUGCCAAAGCAUUUUUUUUGUUUUGUUUGUGCUCUGUAGAUUAUAAAUAAAGUUAUUACAAUGCUUC